AUAAAUACGCCCUCUCUCCACCACUCUCUGCGCCACAAAAAAUUUCCCUCUCAAAUCUCUCUUAAUUUCUCUCUCCGGCGCCAAUGUCGCAAAUCCAGAGCCGCGUGUCGCCGAUCACAAAGCUAACGGCGGUGUCGAGCAACCCCAGCGUGUCGGGUCGGGUCUACCCGCUGUCGGCGGCGGACCACGCAAUGGCUCGGCACAGCGCCGCCGUGGUGAUGUACUACAGUGAGAAUCCGUUUGGGUCGUUCAUUUUGGACCCGAUGAGAGAGUCGCUUUCGAAGGUUCUAACGCUGUACCCGACCGUGACGGGUCGGUUGACCCGAUCGGAAAACGGAAACUGGGCGGUGAAGGGGAAUGACGCCGGAGUUAGGGUUACGAUGACGAAGGUGGGGACCACUCUUGAUGAAUGGCUCAGGUCUGCCGAUUCGGCUGAGGAAAGAGAUCUAGCGGCUUUUGAAGAAAUGCCGGAGGAUCCAUAUAUAUGGUCGCCGUUCCGUAUACAGAUCAAUGAGUUUGAAGGAGGUGGUGUGGCCAUUGGAGUGAGCUUCACUCACCUAACUGCAGAUCCAACCUCUGCAACUUUUCUCUUGAAAACAUGGGCCGACGCUCACCGAGGAGAACCCAUUUCGCCACCGCUUUUCACUCGACCGUCGUCCCUCGGAGAUGGCAAAAAAGUCCCCAACAUAGCCACAAAAUCAACCAGUUUUUAUGGCAACAAGUCCAAAUUAGCUGCCACUGACGAUCACAUUAAAAUGUCUUCAGUUACCUUCAAAUUCUCCAACACAACAAUCAACCAAUGCCUCUCGAAAAUCAAAGCUCAUUGUCCUAAUGCCACCCCUUUUGAUUUUCUUGCUGCACUCUUUUGGAAACAAAUCCUAAAAACAAAAGGUAAUUUGCCCAAAAAUGAACAAAACAAUCACUCGUUAUCGAUAUGCACCGACAUUAGAAACUCAUUUCAAUCCUCAAAUUCACAAAGGUACUACUUUGGAAAUGCUCUACGCAUAUCACAACUUACUAUAAAUUCAAAAGAAAUGGAACAAAGUGAUCUGGGACAUAUUGUGGAGUUACUACACAAUCAUUUAGAAAGGCUUGGUGAGGAGGAAGAAGAGAUUUGGUCUACUAUGGAAUGGCUUGAGUCACGAAAGGAAAAGGAUGGGAAAUAUGUGGCGCCGUUCAAAAUGUACGGUCCGGAGUUAAGUUGUGUAAGUAUGGAACAUAUGGUGAUGAAAAAGGGAAAUGAUGAAUCUUUGAGCUAUGCAACAAAGUUUGUGAGGGAUUCAAAGCCUGUUCAUGUAUCUUAUAACGUCGGCAACGCUGAAGGUGAAGGAUUGAUAAUUGUAAUGCCUUCAAAUGAAGGAGGGGUAGCAAGGAAUGUGAUGGUGAUGCUACCUUCGAACAGGGAAGUGGCUGAGCUUUGUAAAGAUAAAGUCAUUUUGAGCUUCAACCCAACAAUGAUCCUUGGUGGAAGAGCCAAUAAUCUUAAUUAACAACCUAGUUUUCGUUUAUUUACUUGCUUUUUGGUGUGUGAAUUUGUACCUGCUUUAUUUAUGGAUAAAGUGGUACUAUUAUAAGAGUAUUCAUGUCGUCUUUUUCAAUAUUCUUUAGGUUAAUCAACUUUCUAUCUCUAAACUUUCUUACAAAUAAUAAUUUAGUCAUUAUAUUUUAAAAUUUA